AUGAUGAUGUUGUUGGAGGGAAGCGGUACUCCUAUAUCUUGGGAAGUAUUCAAGCAGAAGUUCUAUACCGAGUACUUUCCUAACAGCGUUCGGUUUGCAAAGGAAGUGGAGUUUCUUGAGUUGGUUCAGGGGAACAUGACUGUGUCUGAGUAUGCUGAUCGGAAGUUUGAGAAUAGGUUGAUAGGUGAUAUCAAGCUGUUGGUUACUGGUCUGUGUAUGCAAGAGUUUCCAGCUUUGGUGGACAGGGCUAGAGUUUUGGAGAAAACAAAGUUCGAAGUAGAUAAUCAGGGUUCUUCUUCACAGUCAUCCGGUUUCAGUGGUCAUGCUGGGAAAUAUGGAUCUGUGAGUUGCUAUAACUAUGGAGGGCCUCAUGUGAAGUCGGUUUGUCCUCAAUUGAGAGAGUAUAGGGGGUGCAAUCAGUGUGGAAAGGAAGGUCAUUUCGAGAGGGAUUGCCCCAUGGGUAGAAGAACAGUUGUUCAGAACCGUUCGGUUGGGAGGUUUCAGUCGAGAAGAGGUGCCAAACGUUAG